AGUUUAGUCGUAACUAGACAUUUCAACUACGUUCCUUUGCGAAAUUUUACUGUUGUAAGAUCGCAUCCAUCCCCAAAAGAGUGGAUGAUAAAUCUUAACUGAAGUCCAUUCUAACGCUCACUAGACAGGUGUUUGCAGGUAACAGCACCUUAAACUGGGAUAAUACGUUUUCUCCAUCAAAGCGGUAAGUGUCAGAUCGUAAUACUUAGAAUUUUACAGACCAAAAACAAAAUUAUUUCAAUGAUAAACAAACAAAAAAAAAAAAAAAAAAAAAAACCAACACAAAAAAACCAAAACCAAAACAACAAACAACAACACCAACUGAUUAAUCAUAUACGGCAUAUAUGUAAAGGAAAUCUAACCUUUAAAAUAGAUUAGACGUUAUUCCUGAUAAUCUUGUUCAUUCUCAUCGAGACAACAGAAAAAUUUAUAAUUGAUAAUUUCCUUAAGAUAAAAUCUAACAAGUAAUGUAUCAAAUUCAUCUUUUAUUCAAUGAGGAUAGUUAUCAGCAGGCAUCUCAGGCUAAGACCACAAGAGGGAGCUACAGCUUUACAAAGGAAUAUGGUGCUUUCAGCAGUUGCACGGAAAACCAAACGGUGCUGGGUAAAUUACAAAACACGAAUAAAAGUUCUAAUGGGCGUUCUUGCUUUAUUAUGGAUACACAUGACCUUCAACAAAGAGGUGGACUAUAUCUUCAUCAAUGAAAACACUGACAAGAAAUGCGAAAUACCAAACUUGGAUUCACACGAGAAAUCCAUUGCAAAAUUUUUGUAUCAUCUCAAGCCAAUUCAGUGUGAGAUAUCGUCAGAUUUCGUAUUUAUUGAUUCUUUUGGAUUCCUGAGAGUGAACGACACCGCUGUAUUGAGGUCUGGACAUACAAAUGUGUCAUGUACCUACUCUAUAGUAAAACGUUCUGGUGAUUACGACAUCGAAACGGAAGCGGAAGUGCAUUUUUCAAACGCCGUGUAUGUUAAUGCUGAUUUUUUUCUUGUGAAGUGUAGGAAUAAGAGGAAAACUGUAGUAUAUAAAAAAUUACACCACACCAUUGAUUAUAAAUCCCGAAUGCAACAAUCACAAUUUCUUAAUGAAUCGAAGGAGCAUUUAAAUGUGUACGUAUUUGGGCUAGAUUCUUUGUCUAGAUUAGCUGCUGAAAGAACCAUUCCGUUAACACUUCGCUACCUGCAACAAGAUCUGGGAGGGUAUAUUAUGAAAGGGUAUACGAAAGUCGGAGCAAACACAUUUCCGAAUUUGAUUAGUUUUCUAACAGGUAAAGUAUCUUAUUCGAACGAGUUACCCCCGUAUACGGAGAUUUUAGACCCGUAUCCGUUCAUUUGGAAAAAUUUUAGCAACAGUGGUUACGCCUCUUUCUUCGCUGAAGAUCUACCAGAAAUGGGAACAUUUACAUACUGGAAAGGCUUUAAGGAACAGCCAUGUUUACACUACAUGAGGCCAUUCUAUCUGGCAAUGGAUAAAUUAGGUCUGCCGAAUACUAACCAAGCCCUUCUAACAUUGGAAAACAACAACAUACACCUUGGGCAGAGAUCCGCUUUGUGUGUUGGAAACACGCCUAAACAUAAAAUGAUGAUGAAUUAUUACAAACAAUUUAUAGAAAUGUACGGUAAUAAAAGAAAAUUUGCUUUGAGCUGGCUAAAUGAACUUACACAUCAAUUCGACAAUCUUGUUCAGUUAGCCGACAGAGAUAUUAUGUUAUUUUUCAAAUGGCUGAAAGAGUCAGGGAGGUUAGCUAAUUCUAUAUUGAUAUUAAUGAGUGAUCACGGAAUAAUGCAAAAGGCUAUCAAAAACACACUAGCAGGACGAACAGAGAAUCGUAUGCCUUUAUUCGCCAUUGUGAUUCCACCCUCCAUGAAAUCUAAGUAUCCACACAUCCACGACAAUUUACAAACAAAUACUCAACGAUUGACAUCUGCAUUUGAUGCACAUGAAACUUUGGUCGAUGUUUUAGAAAGCAAUUUUGUGCGCAGUAUGGAUUCUGUGAAUGAGGGGAAGAAACUUCCACGUGGUAUAAGUCUGUUUAGGGAAAUUCCAGAGAGACGAUCAUGUAAAGAGGCAGAUAUACCCGGCGAUUACUGUGUCUGUAAUUCAUACGAAAUACUUAACAAAAAUGACAAAAUAUCAGAGGACUUAGCGCAGUUUUUAGUUUCUUAUAUCAACCAUAAUUUAUCAAAGCAUCGAGGGAAAUGUUCUAGACUAUAUCUGUUAAAUAUAGUCGAUACUUAUCUCGUGAAAUCAAAUUUGCGACGCCGAAAAGAUGAUGAACAAUUUUCCAUACGAAAUUUGGUUUUCGAGCCAGACCCAGAAGAGGAAACUUACCUCUGUGUGUUUGAAACUGUUCCUGGACAUGCAAUCUUUGAAGCAACAGCGAGAUCAAACAAUAAAGGAUCGUAUGACGUCAUUGGUAGAGUAAAUCGAAUGAACAAAUAUGGCAACCAAUCAUUUUGCAUCCAGGACAAAUUUUCGAAACCUCUCUGUUACUGCGGCGAGACUCAUUGAUAUGCAUGCACUUUAAGGACUUUAUUUCCAAACAUGGUUUAAAAACAAACGUUCCUUCAUAUUUUAAUGCUCCCGGAACAAUUUCAGCUAAGAAUAUAGUCGCUAUCGUUUACCUCUAUCCAUCCGAGGUUAAACCUAAAUCUUACAUUUCGUAAAUGACAAGGUCACUCAGAACAUAGAAGCGAAACAUUCAACAAAAAUCCAACAAAAACUGUUUCAAUCAAGAGUCACUGAAACCAUGACCUCUGCACGUGCAGAACUAUAUGGCAAAUCUCGCCAAGUCUUUACGAGGAAGAGGUAAUUUCGGCUGAAAUUAGGCUGAGUUGGAUGUUUGGACUCACCGAUUCUCGACGCAGUCCUUCAUAAUUCAUGUCUGGACAUUUACAAUCAGCUUUGACCUGUUCUAGAAAUUAAUAUGCCCCUAGGUGACACUGCCGUUAGUUUGAAAUAAAUGAUUUGAUUGCUAUACUAACUCUCUAUCAUUAUCAAUUGUACAAUGCUUACUUUCUAGGUACAGUAUGAACAUCUAAGAAUAAAACCAGUCACUAAAUUUUUCGUUUAGAUAAGGACUCCCAUGAACGAAUUGUUUAUAUCCUGUUAUAUCUACAAAGUGUUGGACUUGAUGUUAGAAGCACGAUUCCUGAAUAUUCCACUUAAAAUUAUUUGAAUUAUUCAUAACUAAAAUGAGGUUGGAAUUAUUCAGUAAAUAUCUUAUUCAUAUACUGUCAGAAAUUGGAAUAAUUGUAAUGUUCAUACAAGGGAAGAAACCACUAUACAACGUUCUGUAAAACAAUGUUGAAAAACCAAUUCUAAAAACUAUGUUUUUUAAUAUAAUUCACACAAAUUUGAGACUUAACAGUAUCUCAAACUGAUUUAUUUCGUUGUAACAUAACCAACGAUCCAGAUUGUUUAUGUGUACUAUUAGAAGAAAGUUGACGACAUCAAUCUCAUAACUCCUAUAAAAUUAAGAUAUACAGAGUUGGGCAAACACGGACACAGGGUUGGGACCAGGUAGAGUAAGCAUCCCCUGUCGACCGGUCACAUCCGCCGUUAGCCCUAUAUCUUGAUAAGGUAUACGGAGUAAUCCGUCGUCAAAAUCAGCGUGCCAAGAACGGCCUAACAAUCGGUAUGAAACGUUACAAGUUUGACAGCAUUUGACCCAAUGAUAGAUUGUAUUGACAAACUAAAUCUUUAUAACAACCAUAGAAUUUAGAAAAUGAAAGGUGAAGAUAACGAACAGUGGUCAAUCUCAUAACUCCUUAAAGUAAUACAAUAUAGAAUACUGACUAUAAACGAAACUGUUUAAACCCCUGUAACAUCAACUUGUUUGUCAGUAACCUGAGGAAGAUGCUUACCACCUGAGGUCUGUGUGUAAAAAAUAUGCAACAGCAAGACACUGAUUGACGAACAAACUGGUUUUAUUCAAUGAUAUAUACAUUAUAAAUGGGCAGUAAAUGCUUCUCUUUCUGGGGUACAAACUUUUGAAAUUUUCAAGGUUAUUAAAUUUUUUCUGUAAAUGUUUGGAAAAGAAUAAUUAUAUGUACGUUUUGUGUAUAAUUUAAAAUGUAAUCUUCAUUUUUUUUUUUAUAAAAAAGAAGUGAUAUUAUAUUGAUACUACCUCUCUACUCCGUUAACACAAUUUACAUUUAUCUAUUGUACAACAUGUCCUUGUAUUACUCAUCUUGUAUAACAAUCUUAUAAUUAUUGCAUUGGAAGAGUGCUAUUAAAGUGUUUUAACUUGUG